GUGUGGUUUAGGCUACACCUCGUGUCUCUGUCGGAUUGGGAGCUCCGUGGCACCAAUGAUCAUGCUGCUGGAGGACGUCUGGCUUCUUCUGCCACCACUGAUCUUUGCUGGGACGGGGAUCGUCAGCGGCAGCUUGGUCUUCAUGCUCCCGGAGACACUCAACGUCCCUCUCCCUGAAAACAUCUUGGAUGUUGAGGAGGGAAGACACCGGCAGAGUGACCUCAACGGAGAUGCAAAGAUUGAGCUGAAGGAAAUAAACUCUGGAGACACGGCAGCGUCACAGGACAACUGAUGAGCUGCAGAGUUUCUCCCUGGUAGCUAAAAGAUUAAUUCUGUCUGCAGCCUGAUGUGGACAGAUGACCUCAAAUGUAUGUCGGAAUAAAAAUGUGUUGAGAAGAACAGACAUUAAAGACUUGUUUUAAAACCUUCAACAAGCUGCUGACGAUACUCAGCUGUCAAUCAAUGACAGUCAGUGCUGAGUUUCAGGUGACACUUUGAACAUCUGCUGAUAUCAAACUGAAUACAAAUAAAUUGUAGACAUUUCCUUCAAAUUCUUUAUUCUGGUUCACUAAAUGAAUUAAAAGGCACACUGUGACACAGUAUUUAACAUAGCUUUUUGUGUCUAUCAUGGUUGGUGGAGAGCUACAUAUGAAAACAAAUGAAACCAAAGUAAAACUACUUUAUAGAUACUGUAAAUAAAACCAGACUCUCUGUGAGGCUGUACAGUGCUGCUUUAAUUAAAUGCCAAAACCAGCAUGCUAACAUCAUUACAAUGCCAGUUCUAACAUGCAGAUGUUAGCAGGUACAAUGUUUAUGAUGUUCACCUUUGUAACAUCAUUAUCAGUUAAAAUAAAGUCCAGCUGCGGCUAAUUAAAAUGUCUGUAGUUCUGCAGGUAUUUUGCAACCCAACUGCCACAAACAAUGUUGGCGUUGUUCGUUGUUUGCAAACCACGGAUCCAUUACAUUUGUAUGUUAUUUUGUAGCGGACACACUGAAACUUUUAUAUUUCAGUGGCAUUGCGGUUAAUGUGUGGUUUGUUUUAGGCACAAAAACCACUUUGUUGCGGUUAGGGAAAGAUCACAAUUUUGUGGGCACAAUAACCGCUGAAAACGCAGAGAUAUCUUGGUAAAGAACCAACCGCUUUGCAUGUCACUGUCCCGGCAGGAAACAUGGCGGUAUCAUUGUAAAAAAACAACCACUUUUUGUUGUGCUACCCUGACAGGAAACAUGGCGACAACCUGGUAAAAACCAGCCGCUUUUCAUGGCACUGUCCCAAAAAGAAAUGUGGCAAAAUUAAAAAGUAAAACACAAUUGCUUUCUGUGGCCCUUUCCUGGCAGGAAAUAUGGCAAUACUCUGUAAAACACAAUUGCUUAUCAUGGCAAU